AUGUAUGUUAAACUUGGAGAUUUCGGUUUUUCUAAAUGUGCCGCCCCAGAUGCUGCUUUGACUACUUUUUGUGGUUCCCCACCGUAUGCUGCUCCAGAGCUCUUUGUUGCAGACUCCUACCUAGGACCGGCUGUUGAUCUUUGGGCACUCGGUGUUCUCACAUUUUAUAUGGUAACUGGAAGUUUACCCUUCAAGGCUGAUAGUUUACAGAAAAUAAAACGUCUUAUUCUCUCUGGUGAUUAUCGUAUCCCGUCAUAUGUUACACCACACUGUCAAAUGUUAAUCAAUGGAUUACUGACUCAUUCCAUUGACAAAAGAUAUACAGUAACUCAGGCAAAAAAUUCUCCCUGGUUUUUCACUGUCGACUGGCCACUUCUAGCAAGACACAAAGAUCCAACUCCUGACGAAAUUGAUGAUGCAUCUGCAAGAUAUUUAUUGAGAAAAUGGUGGAAUGUGGAUGCCCUAGAAUUGGACAAAGCACUAAAUGAAGGUCCCAAGAAUAAGCUAACCGGUAUUUACCGCAUUCUUCGUGAUAAAGGUUUACCCUACAAAAAUGAUCCAACGCUACCUGAACAAAAGUACAAGAAUAGGCGGCGAUCUAAGCGCAAUGGUUUUUCCAGUAACGGAAAAAAUAAACCUAGACAGACUAAUACCUCGCGUAGAGAACUGACAACUGUUGACCUGCGAGAUCAAAAAUCGAUCAAAAAUGAAAAUUCUACACGUACAUGCAAUAUUCUGUAA